AUGAAACCAGGUAGCAUGAACCCAAUCCGCAUUGGCAUAAUCGGUCUUUCGCCGGGUGCAUGGGCAGCUAAUGCUCACCUACCCUAUCUCCAAAGGCCUGAUUCAAAGUUUGAAAUUGUGGCUGUUUGCAACUCAUCUGUGGAAAGUGCUGCGAAGAGCGCCAAAGACCUCAAGCUUCCAGGCGGAGUAAGGACAUACGGAAAUGUGCAAGAUAUCGCGGAUGACAAAGACAUUGACCUUGUUGUCUGCGCUACUCGAGUAGACCGUCAUUAUAACUCUAUUUUGCCUUCUCUGCAAGCUGGCAAGAAUGUGUUUGUGGAAUGGCCCCUUGGAAGGAACCUUGAGGAAGCAAGGGAACUUCUCAAUGUGGCAAAAAAAAACAAUGUCGAGCUCGCCGUGGUUGGACUUCAAGGCCGGUUUGAUGCUAUUGUGGAGACUUUAAAAGAGGUAUUGAAAGAAGGAAGAAUCGGCAAGGUUCUUAGCACAACAAUCAUCAGUCAAGGACUGAUUGCAGGGCAGACGGAGCUUCAUUCUCAAUCUUAUCUCAUUGACCGUGAAAGUGGUGGAUCCUUACUGUCAAUUCCAGCCUUACAUUUGCUCGACACCGUCCAGGAAGUCCUUGGCGAAUUUUCAAGCUUCCAAUCUCUCCUUUCGAACCAGCGACGAGUUGUUAAAAUUGUUAAAGAGGACGGCUCUGUGGUAAAGGAGAAUGCCGUGAAGUCUACUCCGGAUCAUGUUAUGAUCCAGGGUACGCUCAACUCCGGUGUAGUACUCUCAGCUACAAUUCGAGGUGGAGCACCAUUCAAGGGUUCCCCUGGACUUGAGUGGAGCAUCUAUGGCGAGAAAGGAGAGAUCAAGAUAGCAGGUCCCAGUGCCUUUAUCGAGAUUGUCGGUACAACCAGCGUUCAGCUUCACGACUUUACCACCGACGAAAUUGUGGAACUAGAGCUUAAGAACGGGACUUUUGCCGAGAUGUAUCCGAUAAAUAGGAAUUUGGCCCGUGUUUACGAAGCAAUUGCAGCAGGUGACAAAACUCUUCUUUGUGAUUUUGAGGGUGCUGUGAAAAGACAUCACUUUAUUGAGGAAGUUUACAAUCAGAAUUCUCAGGUCUAA